ACCCUCGAUACCGGAAGUGCUCAUUCUCGGAAAGCUGCGCGGGAAAGGCGUCUGUUUGGGUGAAGGCGGGAGAGAUACACGGACGGAGCUACUGUUGAACAAUUGUUACGACUUUUGCCAUUUCAGUUGUCGAGGUAACUGGUGUCAGGAUGAAGGUGGUAACCUGUGAGAUUGCCUGGCAUAAUAAGGAGCCGGUGUACAGUAUGGAUCUCCAGCAGAGUGGUGAGGGAAAGACACAGCGGCUCGCUACAGCUGGGGUGGACACCACAGUACGGAUGUGGCGUGUGGAUAAAGGUCCUGAUGGGAAGGCGGUCGUUGAGUUUUUGUCUAACUUGGCACGACACACUAAAGCAGUGAACGUAGUGCGGUUCUCACCCACCGCUGAGAUCUUGGCUUCUGGAGGGGAUGAUGCUGCAAUCUUGCUUUGGAAACUGAAUGAUAAUAAGGAGCCUGAACAAACCCCGGCUUUUCAGGAGAAUGAAGAUGAUCAACUCAAUAAAGAGAGCUGGAGUGUGGUCAAGACACUGAGGGGACAUAUUGAGGAUGUAUAUGAUAUCUCAUGGACCAGCGAUGGGAACUUCAUGGUUUCGGGCUCUGUGGACAACACUGCCAUCAUGUGGGAUGUCAACAAGGCAAAGGUGGCCUGUAACAGCAACACUGUCAGACAGAGAGGCAAAAGGUACCUGGAUCUGAAACCAGACCAGUGGAGCCUGCUGGAAGAGCUUUCAACAGUCCUCAAGCCUUUUGAAUCUGUCACUGUGUUCAUGAGUGGACAGAAAUAUGCAACAGUAUCUGCAAUACCUCCACUUGUGAAGGGGCUGUUGAAGUCCACCCAGAGUGCUGUCUACGAGUCAGCCCCGCUGCGGGCUUACCAACUCACUGCGGUGCAGCAGUUGCAGGAGAGAUGGAAAAGGGAGACUGCUUUCUCAGAUGGAGCACCAAACACAGUGAAGAACUACAGAAUGUUCCAUGAUGACGGCAUGAGAUCUUUCUUCAGACGUCUCACAUUCACACCUGAUGGGUCGUUCCUCCUUGCUCCAGCCGGGUGUGUCGAGGCUGGAGAGAAUGUCACAAACACAACAUACGUAUUCUCCAGAAAAAGCUUUAAAAGGCCCAUUGCUCAUCUGCCGUGUCCAUCUAAAGCGACACUAGCUGUGCGCUGCAGCCCAGUGUACUAUGAGCUGAGGACGAAAACAGCUGAAGGUGGUUCACUAAAGCCAGUGUCAAACACAUUUAAUUUGCCAUAUCGGCUGGUGUUCGCGGUUGCAUCGGAAGACUCGAUCUUCUUUUAUGACACACAACAGGCUCUGCCGUUUGGAUACGUGUCCAACAUCCACUACCACACGCUGAGUGAUCUCAGCUGGUCUCGUGAUGGCUCCUUCUUGGCAGUGUCAUCUACUGACGGCUACUGUUCCUUCGUGUCGUUUGAGGAAGGGGAGCUAGGCACCCCAUUGAAAGAGCGACCUCCACUGGAGAUGGUGACUCCAUCCUCUACUAAUGAGAAGAAAGGCAAGAGACCCUCAGCUAAUGGCAGGACUGCUUCCCCGGUCCCUCGCCAGGCCAACACACCUGCUGCACAGGAAAAGGAGAAAGAGGGAUCUGCUGGCCCCGUGUCCUCCAAGACCCCCAGCAUAUCUGGUCCAGAAGAGAAAUGCACACCUCAAGCACAGAAAACCAAACCACAGCCUAGAAGGAUCACACUCAAUACCCUGGAGGGCUGGGGCAAACCCAGCACCCCCAAAUCCCCGGCAACUGCCCCCAACACACCCAAAUCUGCUCCCUCCACCCCUGGAUCCGACAGAGGACCGCUUACACCUCUUCCAGCCCCUAGCACUCCCCUGGGACCCCUCAACUCCAAAAAUACCACAACUCCAAAAGGACCAACUCCUCGACGAAUUUCUCUGACUCCAGUUGUCUCCAAAUCCCCCACUGCUUUUGUCACCCCAUCUUCCACUGAGAAAGCCAAACAUGAGAGACCAUCUCCCCCCAGCGACCCAGCAUGCAAACCUCCUGAAUCCAAGAGGUCCAAGACUGAUGUUAGCAGUGGUUCUGCCCAGAGCAAGUGAGCACAAAGUGGACACAGAACCCAGCGUCAAAUCCCAAGAACCAUAAACACUGAAUGUGGUUCUUUGUCUCUCUUUAUUAACAAUCUCAUCCUUAGAGAUGAAGUACACCCAUAAACCAAUAACUUAAACAACCUGAUCCCAUGGACAUAUGGAGUUGCAUGCUAUGUUUCUGAAACUCAUCUUUGCUUUCAUUUUCAAUGUUUGUCAAUUUUCUAUUUGAAGAGGAAAAAUACAUGCAAUUAUUCUCUAUAACCACCUACUCCCUCGUGACUGAAAUUCCUUUUUUUUAUCUUAUGGACAGAAAUAUUUUACUUUUGUACCAUCUGUUUGAGUUUUCUUCAUAAAGAUUCUUAAGAAUGGGAA